UUAUCCGUUGGGGGGAUGGUUGGUUCCAUGGAACGAAAGCUGACAGCCGAUAACCAAAGCGGCUUCACGCAUGGAACAGCACCAUUUUGGAACUUCGUCACAUGCCGAUACGUCAUGCAUUAACCAACUGAGAAUGGGAUACUUAGCUAGAACAUCAGGGACUUACCAUCUCGCCCGAGGGCCUCGUACUUGCACCAUAUGCUUCUAUGGCACCUUACAACCCCUGGCGCUCUGAAUGGACCACAAAGGUGACAACGAAGUUCAUGAUCGGCCGCUUUCCGAGCGCGACAAGCGUAUCCUCACUACCUACGGAAGAUUGCCUUGUGGGGGCAGCCUCGGACAGCAGCCUAAGAAACGGACCUAUUUCGAUUCAGGAGAUUAUGCCCUCUCCGCAGCUCACCGAGUGACCGACAACGGCGAUAUCCAAACCGGCACGGCUCACCCUGUCCGUGAGAGCAUUUCGCACCCCUUCGCACCGGUACCAAGCACUGGCAAUGCUGUUAGGGAGGCUAAUGAUGGUAUUUUUGAGGACAAGAGUGCCAUUACACAAGUUCCAAGGAGUCCUCUUUCCAGGAACCCGAGCUUCAGUGAUCAAGAUCUAUAG